AUGGUGAAAUUAGAAAAGGUAUAUUUGAUGAACGUCAUUCUAUUUUUAGAUUCGUUAAAAACGUUCCAAAAAUUUGUUUUAAUAUCUAAAGAUUGUGUUACGGCUUUCACUAUGCUCCGCAAAAACCCCAAUUACUCAUUAGAGACACUUUCAACUGAAUUAAAAUAUUUUACUUACACUAAACAUGAGACUCUUUGUUCGACAUAUUUAAUAGGACUUCCUUAUUUCCAGAUAGCAAGUGUUUUAGAUAUAACAGUUACUGUCUCUGAAUAUUUUACAUUAGUGAAACAACAAGAAAUAGUAUUGAAAAUACGUAAGUUGACUUUAAUACAAGACAUUUCAAUACUUCCUCUCAUGCCAAAUAAAAAGAACAUAUUUGACAUCACACUAUUCCCUAAUAUUCAACACAUCACUUUUAAUAUAUUACCAUACGUUAACACUUACAACGAUGAUACAAAUGUCAUCAAUUUUUAUAAUUUUAGACAACUGGAGACAAGUAAAGUCCUUACAAUUCACUUUUAUUGUUAUUCCCCGUCUCGUUUUGAGUUUGACCAAAGUGCUGCUAACACCGGAGACGUCGCGCUGAGACUUUUAAACUUAAAUUCUGAAUUAUUUGUGAAAUGCAAAAACACCACUUUUUACUUUGUGACGGACACACCAGUAAACAUCCGUAAGCUCCCAAAUGAUGCGGAGAAUAUUAUUAUAGCGUCAAGUGUGUUUACCGACAUCCCCGGAGUCAUCAAUUUAUACGACUGUGUGAAACGACCAACUCAUAUGGCACAAAUCGAACAGAACUUUUUAAAGUACUAUUUGAUGGAACUUAUUAUUAAAAAAAUCAAUUUUCCAAGUUUUGCAAAUUUUGAGAAAAUCACAACGCUCACAGCUCUCACAUUUUUUAAAGCAGAUAAAGACGUGAAAUUAAUUCUGCCAGAAACACUGAGAAGACUCGAAGUGUCUAUUGUCAGAAAAUACUCAAUAGAAGCAAAUUUGAAGAACGUCACUUUUUUGAAAGUCAAUGGAAUUCUUAAAAGUGAGUUGGGAGAUGGAUUGGAAAUGCUUUCUACAACAAAUAAAGUCGAUUGGAUGAAGUGCACGAAAUUAAGAGAAAUUAAUUUGGAAAAUGUCGAAUGCAAUGGAGAAAUUGUGUUGCCAGAAAGUACCACUAAACUUAGUAUUGACGAACAACAAAAUAAAGUUGUGGAUGUCAGAAAUUCUAAAUUAAAAGUGUUGGAAUUGAAACAAACAAAAUUUGAAAGGGUUUUUGCACCAAAGUCGUUAAUAAAAAUUUAUACCGACUUUGAAAUUGAAGAAGUGUGCGGAUUUCAUGGAGAACUCGUUGUGAAAUAUAAAAAUAAUACUACAUGUAAUACAUAUACGAAAAAUUGGUGUAAAAUUGCAUGA